CUGCAGUCGGUGUGGACUGUGAGGUUUUAGAGGAAACAGAAGCGGACUGAUACUGAUCUUUGUUAGCCCACUGGAGUCAAAUAAAUCCACCUUAAAAGUAUCAGUUUAAAGUCCCCUCAAAUAGCCAUGGCAUUGCCGCAAUGGGAGAGAAAAGCGCGCAUAUUUCUGUGCGUUUUCGGUUUGUUUUUGUCUGUUUAUGCGCUUCACGUCGAGCUGUCCCGAGAGAGCAACCCUGAUUACAGAGCGAUGUGCGACCUGGGGGAGUCUGUGAGCUGCUCCAAAGUGUUUACCUCCAGAUGGGGACGUGGUUUUGGCUUGGUCCAGUUUUUUGUUCCCAAAGAUAGCCCUCUGAACCAGCCCAACAGCGUGCUUGGCAUCAUAUUUUACACUCUGCAGAUGGGCCUUGGACUGUCUCUAUCCAAAAAAGCUGCAAUGUUUUUGGUCUUCUCCUCCUGGGUGUCUGUGGCCGGUUCACUCUACCUCGCAUUUAUUCUCGCCUUUGUUCUGGGGGAUUUUUGCAUGGUCUGUGUGUCAACAUACAUUGUCAACUUUGUGUUGCUCUUCACCAACCUGACACGGAGGAGAGCAAUUGAAGGAAUGAAGCAAAAGACUGGAUAGAAAGUGUCUGAAAUUCAACCCUUUCAUUUUUUUUUUGUCUGCUGAGCUGAAGUCGCUGCUGGAUCUGAAAAAUAAUAUCUCUCCCACAGUACUUUUGCAUUGUUUACACCUGUCAAGACUUUUCAGAGAAACAGAUCUAUAAGAUGAUAUAAGUGCAUAUAUGAGUGUGAUAUGUGAUUCUGAUUACACACUUUUGAAUACUACCUCUUGUCUCAUGUGAUUUAGACACAGCUUGUGAAGCCAACAAAAACCCUAAAAGUGGAUGUACACUGAUCUACAGCAAAUUACUGGGUGGUAAAGCAACACAGAGCAAGUACUCAGUCUAACCAGUAGAUGGAGCUAAAUGCCAUGGGUUAUCAUGUAUUGCAUGGUGAAUAUGGUCAAAGGUCAAUUGUAGUGCUACAUUUUAAGAGCACAGUUUUUGCCUUGUAUGACUGCAAAUAGCAAAGAAUUUAUUAUUUAUUCACCAUUACCAUUAUUGUCCUUUAAGCCGUACUUAAGCAUAAAGGA